AUGGGAGCCCAGGAGCCUCAGGCUGAUCUCUCAGUCCUCCAUGCCCCAGACCUGCCCCCAGAGGAGAGCCUCAGCCUCACACAGCUGGUCCCUGAGCUGGAUCUGCUGGACAAGGAGAAGAAGGACAAGGAUGACAGUGAUGAGGAGGAGGAGGAGGGGGAUCCAACUCAGGACCAGGAGGAGAAGAGGUGGAACAAGAGGACCCAGCAGAUGCUACAUGGCCUUCAGCGAGUCAUGGCCAAGACGGGAGCCGAGCAGGUCAGCUUGUUGGCGCUGUGCCGAGACAACAACAAGAAGCAGGAGCCGCCAAGUUCUACAGUUUCCUGGUUCUGAAGAAACAGCAGGCCAUCGAGCUCAACCAGACCGAGCCUUACAGUGACAUCAUCGCUACAGCCGGACCAAGAUUCCACCUGGUUUAGACACUGCCUGAGGUCC